GUUCAGUAAAGCUUGGUGCCAAGGUAGAGACACUCAGCACCAUUUGGCCAUUUGGGAGAGAGGUGGUCAAAUGUGGCUGAAGGCUGCAAGGGGUCCCCAAAGGGCCAUCCGUUGUCACUUGUUUGGGUGAGAGGCACUGCUGUCAUUAAAGGUAUUCGUGCUCACAGGUAAACGGGAGUGUGUUUGAAUUCCCAGACCUAUGUCGAUCGAUGUUGAGUUUUGGGAGCAUCCAUCACAGGAGGGGUUUGGGCUAAGGCAGGCCCAGCACAGAUGAAGGCAAGAUGUGCAAUGAAUUUGUGCUGAAUUAAUGAGUGAAUUGGGGUGAAUGAAUGAAUGAAUGAAUAGUGGGUAAAUGAAUGACUAAAAGCAGAGCAAAUAAAUGAGUAAAACAAUCAUAAUAGCUAACAUUUAUUGAGCACUCACUAUACACCAGGCAUUACGCUAACCCACCUAUUAAAUGAUUUAAUAUUCGUAAUUAUGCUCUAGGUGGGCAUGGAUGGGUGAGGGAGAGAGUGAGAAUCUGACUCCCGGAUGUCUGAUUUUCCCCAAAUAACUGAGACUCUGGGGGCCCCCAGGAGACCAUCCAAAACCACUACUGCCCACAAGCCAUCAGGGUUUCACUGUGAGACUCCUGACAGUUGGGCCCAGCUGCCUCGAUCCUCGUUGGAGGACCAGGAAGCCGGCCGUAAGCUGCUGCCCUUUCGCUGCGCUCACCAUGAGAAGGUGUUGACAGUUCAGGUUCAAAAAGAUAAAAAGUGUAACUUUCCUGUGCAGAUUGAGGGUCUGGCCUCAGAGCCCAGUGAAAUCCAAGGCUCACUCAGGCCAGGGAAAAUCACCCCUGACUGACUGGGCUCUCAGCUUGGUUCCACAAGGCCCCACAGAGCUCACAAAGGCAUGAGAUGGGCUGUAACAGCAGAGGCUGGAGCUCAGCUCUCCAGCCACUGCCAUCCACUUUGGCUCCUUUGUUCCUGAAGGAAGCUGUUUCACACCCCCAUAGCUUUGCCCAUGAUGUUCCUUCAUUUUGUAGAGCCCCCACCCCACUCUUACAAAUCCUCUGUCCAGUUAGAUAAUACACACUCAGCUGUCAGGAAUCAACACAAAGAUCACCUCCUCCAUGAAGCCUUCUCUGAUUCUCCCCUUCGUGUCCCCACAGCAUCCUCCACCGACUUGGACCACAGACUCAUGACUUGUUAGAGCCCAGGUUCCCAAAUCUGGGGGUGCAAAAAAUUACCUGCAGACUUAUUUAUAAAAUAAAAAAAAAGAUUUCUGGACCCAAGCCUGUUAUACAAAGGUUUGGAGAGGACUGCUAUUUCCAGCAAGCUACAGGCUGUCUACAUCUCAGGAGCGGGUCACAGGACAGCUCUUGGGACUGGGGGAACCUGCAUUGACCUGUUUCACCAAUCAACCUAUUCUGAAAAAUUGAAAGUUGCUCAAGGUUGAUUCAAGGGCGGCAGCGGCUCCAGAGGCAGCAGCGCCGGGUCCCCGUGGAGGUGCUCCUAGAGUUUUCCUGGAGCAGUGGAAGUUCUGACCGCAGGGUCAGGACCCAUCAGGUUUGUGUUCUCACCAUAGAACAGGGGCCAGUUCGGUUCUGUUAGUGCCCUGAGAUCUCCCUCAUCCCCCUGAGUUUCGGAGAAAUGGCUGAAGCUAGUGAGCCCAUGAUGAAGAAAACUUCAAAAUCUGUUCCUUUGGAGAGGAAUAAGAGAGAAAAGGAACAAUUCCGUAAACUCUUUAUUGGUGGCUUGAGCUCUGAAACCACAGAAGAACGUCUGUGGAACCACUACCAGAAAUGGGGAUAUCUCACAGACUGUGUGUUAAUACGGGACCCUGUAAGCCAAAAAUCAAGAUUUGGUUUUGUCACGUUUUCAUCCAUGGCUGAGGUUGAUGCUGUCAUGGCUGCCAGACCUCAUUCCAUUGAUGGGAAAACAGUUGCUCCCAAACGUGCUGUCCCAAGAGAGGACCAUGGAAAGCCGGGGGCUCUUGUCACUGUGAAGAAGCUGUUUGUUGGUGGAAUUGCAAAAGAUACUGAGGAACGUCAUCUUAGAGAUUACUUUGAGAAAUAUGGAAAAAUCAAUGCCAUUGAAAUAAUUACUGACAGGCAGUCAGGCAAGAAAAGAGGUUUUGGGUUUGUUGCUUUUGAUGACCAUGAUCCCGUGGAUAAGGUUGUGUUGCAGAAAAAUCAUACCGUCAAUGGUCAUCAUGCAGAAGUAAGAAAGGCCUUGUCUAGACAAGAAAUGCAAGAAGGCCCAUGUUCUAGUAGUGGAAGAGAAAGAAACGCUGGUUUUGUAUAUUUUCAUGGUGGUGGUAGAAAGUUUGGAGCAGGAAACUUUGGAGGAAGGAACUUUACAGGAGGAUCUGACAGAUAUGGAAGAGGACAUACAUUUGGGGAUGGCUAUCAUGGGUCUGGAGGAGGACCCGGAGGUGGCAAUUUGGGGGGUAGCCCUGGACAUGGAAGAGGGCGAGGAGGAUAUGGUGGUGGAUAUGGCAACCAGGAUGGGAGCUCCAGAGCUGGUUAUGACAACUAUAAAAGGAGGAAUUAUGGAAGUCAAAAUUACAGUGAUUGGGGCUUCCCUGGUGGCACAGAUUAUAAGCAGAAACCCUCUAGGUACGAAUUACUGAAGAGUGGAAAACUGAGUGGUAGCAGGAACAUGGGGGGAUCAUACAGUGGAGGAAGCUAUGGUCCAAGAGGCAAUGGAGGAAGUGGGGGUUAUGGACAGACAAGAUGAUACUGAGCUUCUUAUUUGCCAUGGGCUUGACUGUAUAAAUAGAGAAUUAGAGCCCAGAGGUAACAGAAGAGCUUUAGGUUAUCGAAAUAACAAUGUUCAGGAAACUCUUAUCUCAGUCAUGCAGGGAUAUGGCAGAAGACACCAGAGCAGGUACACAGAGCUAUUUUGUGAGUGGACUCAAUUAUGUAAGAGCAUUACCUUCCUGUGGAGGAAAGACUAUAAAAAAUGCUUUUGAAACAGUUUCUUAGCUUUUGAAUUGUUGUGUCUUUCCAGUGGUCUCUAUAAAAGUGUGGAAGAAUCCCUUCUUUGAUAAUGUCAAAUUUCAAAGUUUUGGGUGACAUGUGAAACCUUUUUCAAGAUUUUUCUCAAAGUCUUGAAAGACUAUUAGCCAGAAUCAUGGUGUAAUAAGACAUAACAUCGUUCUUCUAAAAAAUUCGAUUUCGUGUGUAGAGUUAAGAAGCUGUUGUACAUUUAAGAUUUAAUAAAAUAAUUCUAAAGGUAAAACAGUAGUAGUUUGUCCUCUUUGAUAAUUUUGCACUUUUAGUUUUUACCUUUUAAAUGUUUUUCUUGUUUUAUGAUAUCAAAUUUUGAAGUGUAAUGAUAUGACUUACCUAUAUUAUGAAAUGGUUACCAAAAAAACCUUUUUCUUCUUGUGAUGAACAGGAUUUACUGCCUUAACAACUUUAAUAGUAUCCUACAGCUGUGCUAAUUUUGGUCUUCUUGUACAUUCCAUCUUUUGUAAUGGUGAAUAACUUGUCAUGUAUCUAUUGGUCACUUGUAUAUCUUCUUUGGAUAAAUGUCGAUUCAGUUCCUUAGUCCAUAUUAUAGUUUGAUUAUUUGCUAUUGUGACGUAUGAGUUUUUGUUGUACAUCACCUGUUUUGUAUUUAUUUACCUUAUAACUGGAAGUUUGUACCUUUGAACAACCUUUAUCCUGUACUGCCUCCCACCAAUUUUCUGCUGCUGGGAGCCACAAGCAUGAUGCAUGAUUCUUUUUCUGUGAGUUUAAUCAUUUUCUUCGGGAUUUCACAAAUA